AUGCUCCCGCUUUCCAUCAACCCGCCCCAUUCUCCCGCUUUUCAUCACCCCGCCCCAUUCUCCCGCUUUCCAUCACCCCGCCCCAUUCUCUCGCUUUCCAUCACCCCGCCCCAUUCUCCCAUCACCCCGCCCCAUUCUUCCGCUUUCCAUAACCACGCCCCAUUCUCCCGCUUUCCAUCACCCCGCCCCAUUCUCCCGCUUUCCAUCACCCCGCCCCAUUCUCCCGCUUUCCAUCACCACGCCCCAUUCUCCCUCCUUCCAUCACCCCGCCCCAUUCUCCCGCUUUCCAUCACCCCGCCCUAUUCUCCCUCCUUCCAUCACCCCGCCUCAUUCUACCUCCUUCCAUCACCCCGCCCCAUGCUCCCGCUUUCCAUCACCCCGCCCCAUUCUCCCGUUUUUCAUCACCCCUCCCCAUUCUCCCACUUUCCAUCACCCCUCCCCAUUCUCCCUCCUUCCAUCACCCCGCCCCAUUCUCCCGCUUUCCAUCAGCCCACCCCAUUCACCCGCUUUCCAUCACAACGCCCCAUUCUCCCGCUUUCCAUCACCCCGCCCCAUUCUCUCGCUUUCCAUCACCCCGCCCCAUUCUCCCAUCACCCCGCCCCAUUCUCCCGCUUUCCAUCACCACGCCCCAUUCUCCCGCUUUCCAUCACCCCGCCCCAUUCUCCCGCUUUCCAUCACUCCGCCCCAUUCUCCCGCUUUCCAUCACCCUGCCCCAUUCUCCUGCUUUCCAUCACCCCCCCUCCCCAUUCUCCCGCUUUCCAUCACCCCGCCCCAUUCUCUCGCUUUUCAUCACCCCACCCCAUUCUCCCGCUUUCCAUCACCCCGCCCCCUUCUCCCUCCUUCCAUCACGCCGCCCCAUUCUCCCUCCUUCCAUCACCCCGCCCCAUUCUCCCACUUUCUAUCAGCCCGCCCCAUUAUCCCGCUUUCCAUCACCCCGCCCCUUUCUCCCGCUUUGCAUCUCCCCGCCCCAUUCUCCCACUUUCCAUCACCCCGCCCCAUUCUCCCGCUUUCCAUCACCCCGCCCCAUUCUCCCACUUUCCAUCACCCCGCCCCAUUCUCCCUCCUUCCAUCACCCCGCCUCAUUCUACCUCCUUCCAUCACCCCGCCCCAUGCUCCCGCUUUCCAUCAUCCCGCCCCAUUCUCCCGCUUUUCAUCACCCCGCCCCAUUCUCCCGCUUUCCAUCACCCCGCCCGAUUCUCCCGCUUUCCAUCACCCCGCCCCAUUCUCCCUCCUUCCAUCACCCCGCCCCAUUCUCCCGCUUUCCAUCACCCCGCCCCAUGCUCCCGCUUUCCAUCACCCCGCCCCAUUCUCCCAUCACCCCGCCCCAUUCUCUCGCUUUCCAUCACCACGCCUCAUACUCCCGCUUUCCAUCACCCCGCCCCAUUCUCCCGCUUUCCAUCACUCCGCCCCAUUCUCCCGCUUUCCAUCACCCCGCCCCAUUCUCCUGCUUUCCAUCACCCCGCCCCAUUCACCCGCUUUCCAUCACCCGCCCCAUUCUCCCACUUUCCAUCACCCCGCCCCAUUCUCCCACUUUCCAUCACCCCGCCCCAUUCUCCCGCUUUUCAUCACCCCGCCCCAUUCUCCCGCUUUCCAACACCCCGCCCUAUUCUCCCGCUUUCCAUCACCCCGCCCCAUUCUCCCGCUUUCCAUCACCACGCCCCAUUCUCCCGCUUUCCAUCACCCUGCCCCAUUCUCCCUCCUUCCAUCACCCUGCCCCAUUCUCCCGCUUUCCGUCACCCCGCCCCAUUCUCCCGCUUUCCAUCACCUCGCCCCAUUCUCCCGCUUUCCAUCACCUCGCCCCAUUCUUCUGCUUUCCAUCAACCCGCCCCAUUCUCCCGCUUUCAAUCACCCCGCCCCAUUCACCCGCAUUCCAUAACCCGCCCCAUUCUCCCGCUUUCCAUCACCCCGCCCCGUUCUCCCGCUUUCCAUCACCCCGCCCCAUCCUCCCGCUUUUCAUCACCCCGCCCCAUUCUCCCGCUUUCCAACACCCCGCCCCAUUCUCCCGCAUUCCAUGACCCCGCCCCAUUCUUCCGCUUUCCAUCACCCCGCCCCAUUCUCCCGCUUUCCAUCGCUCCGCCCCAUUCUCCCGCUUUCCAUCACCCCGCCCCAUUCUCCCGCUUUCCAUCAACCCACCCCAUUCUCCCUCCUUCCAUCACCCCGCCUCAGUCUCCCUCCUUCCAUCACCCCGCCCCAUUCUCCCGCUUUCCAUCACCCCGCCCCAUUCUCCUGCUUUCCAUCACCCAGCCCCAUUCUCGCGCUUUCCAUCACCCCGCCCCAUUUUCCCCCUUUCCAUCACCCCGCCCCGUUCUCCCGCUUUCCAUCACCCCGCCCCAUUCUCCCGCUUUCCAUAACCCCGCCCCAUUCUCCCUCCUUUCAUCACCCGCCCCAUUCUCCCUCCUUCCAUCACCCCGCCCCAUUCUCCCUCCUUCCAUCACCCCGCCCAAUUCUUCCUCUUUCCAUCACCCCUCCCCAUUCUCCCUCUUUCCAUCACCCCGCCCCAUUCUCCCGCUUUCCAUCACCCCGCCCCAUUCUCCCUCUUUCUAUCACCCCGCCCCAUUCUUCCUCUUUCUAUCACCCCGCCCCAUUCUCCUGCUUUCCAUCACCCCGCCCCAUUCUCCCUCUUUCCAUCACCCCGCCCCAUUCUCCCGCUUUCCAUCACCCCGCCCCAUUCUCCCUCUUUCCAUCACCCCGCUCCAUUCUCCUGCUUUCCAUCACCCCGCCCAAUUCUCCCUCUUUCCAUCACCCCUCCUCAUUCUUCCUCUUUCCAUCACCCCGCCCCAUUCUCCCGCUUUCCACCACCCCGCUCCAUUCUCCCGCUUUCCAUCACCCCGCCCAAUUCUCCCGCUGUCCAUCACCACGCCCCAUCUUCCCUCUUUCCAUCACCCCGCCCCAUUCUCCCACUUUCCAUCACCCCACCCCAUUCUCUCGCUUUCGAUCACCCCGCUCCAUUCUCCCGCUUGCCAUCACCCCGCCCAAUUCUCCCUCUUUCUAUCACCCCUCUCCGUUCUCCCUCUUUCCAUCAUCCCGCCCCAUUCUCCCGUCUUUCAUCACCCCGCCCCAUUCUCCCGCUUUCCAUCACCCCGCCCAAUUCUCCCGCUUUCCAUCACCCCGCCCCAUUCUCCCGCCUUCCAUCACCCCGCCCCAUUCUCCCUCUUUCCAUCACCCCGCCCCAUACUCACGCUUUCCAUCACCCCACCCCAUUCUUCCUCUUUCCAUCACCCCGCCCCAUUCUCCCUCUAUCCAUCACCCCGCCCAAUUCUCCCACUUUCCAUCACCCCAUCCCAUUCUCCCGUUUUCCAUCACCCCGCCCCAUCUCGCUUUCUAUCACCCCGCCUUAUUCUCCCGCUUUCCAUCACCCCGCCCCAUUCUCCGCUUUCCAUCACCCCGCCCCAUUCUCCCGAUUUCCAUCACCCCGCCCCAUUCUCCCGCUUUCCAACACCCUGCCCCAUUCUCCCGCUUUCCAUCACCCCACCCCAUUCUCACUCUUUCCAUCACCACUUCCCAUGCUCCCUCUUUCCAUCUACCCGCCCCAUUCUCCUGCUUUCUAUCACCCUGCCCCAUUCUCCCUCUUUCCUUCACCCCGCCCCAUUCUCCCGCCUUCCAUCACCCCGCCCCAUUCUCCAUCUUUCCAUCACCCUGCCCAAUUCUCCCCCUUUCCAUCACCCCGCCCCAUUCUCCCGCCUUCCUUCACCCCGCCCCAUUUUCCCUCGUUCCAUCACCCCGCUCCAUUCUCCCACUUUCCAUCACCCCGCCCAAUUCUCCCUCGUUCCAUCACCCCUCCCCAUUCUCCCUCUUUCCAUCACCCCGCCCUAUUCUCCCGCAUUCCAUCACCACGCCCCAUUCUCCCUCUUUCCACCACCCCGCCCCAUUCUCCCUCUUUCCAUCACCCCGCCCCAUUCUUUCGCUUUCCAUCACCCCGCCCCAUUCUCCCUCUUUCCAUCACCCCGCCCCAUUCUCCCGCUUUCCAUCACCCCGCCCCAUUCUCCCUCUUUCCAUCACCCCGCUCCAUUCCCCCGCUUUCCAUCACCCCGCCCAAUUCUCCCUCUUUCCAUCACCCCUCCUCAUUCUCCCUCUUUCCAUCACCCCGCCCCAUUCUCCCGCUUUCCACCACCCCGCUCCAUUCUCCCGCUUUCCAUCACCCCGCCCAAUUCUCCCGCUUUCCAUCACCACGCCCCAUUUUCCCUCUUUCCAUCACCCCGCCCCAUUCUCCCGCUUUCCAUCACCCCGCCCCAUUCUCCCGCUUUCCAUCACCCCGCUCCAUUCUCCCGCUUUCCAUCACCCCGCCCAAUUCUCCCUCUCUCUAUCACCCCUCUCCAUUCUCCCUCUUUCAAUCACCCCGCCCCAUUCUCCCUCUUUCCAUCACCCCGCCCCAUUUUCUUGCUUCCCAUCACCCCGCCCCAUUCUCCCUCUUUCUAUCACCCCGCCCUAUUCUCCCGCUUUCCAUCACCCCGCCCCAUUCUCCCGCUUUCCAUCACCUUGCUCCAUUCUCCCGCUUUCCAUCACCCCGCCCAAUUCUCCCUCUUUCCAUCACCCCUCCUCAUUCUCCCUCUUUCCAUCAACCCGCCCCAUUCUCUCGCUUUCCAUCACCCCGCACCAUUCUCCCUCUUUCAAUCACCCCGCCCCAUUCUCUCGCUUUCCAUCACCCCGCCCCGUUCUCCCGCUUUCCAUCACCCCGCCCCAUUUUCCCGCUUUCCAUCACCCCGCCCCAUUCUCCUGCUUUCCAUCACCCCGCCCCAUUCUCCCUCGUUCCAUCACCCCGCCCCAUUCUCUCGCUUUCCAUCACCCCGCCCCAUUCUCCCGCUUUUCAUCACCCCGCCCCAUUCUCCCGCUUUCCAUCACCCCGUCCCAUUCUCCCUCUUUCCAUCACCCCGCUCCAUUCUCCCGCUUUCCAUCAACCCGCCCUAUUCUCCCUCUUUCCAUCACCCCUCCUUAUUCUCCCUCUUUCCAUCACCCCGCCCUAUUCUCCCGCUUUCCAUCACCCCGCCCCAGUCUCCCGCUUUCCAUCGCCCCGCCCCAUUCUCCCGCUUUCCAUCACCCCGCCCCAUUCUCCCGCUUUCCAUCACCCCGCCCCAUUCUCCCGCUUUGCAUCACCCCGCCCCAUUCUCCCGCUUUCCAUCACCCUGCCCCAUUCUCCCGCUUUCCAUCACCCCUCCCCAUUCUCCCUCUUUCCAUCACCCCGCCCCAUUCUCCUGCUUCCCAUCACCCCGCCCCAUUCUCCCGCUUUCCAUCACCCCGCCCCAUUCUCCCUCUUUCCAUCACCCCGCCCCAUUCUCCCGCUUUCCAUCUCCCCACCCCAUUCUCCUGCUUUCCAUCACCCCGUCCAAUUCUCCCGCCUCUUUCCAUCACCCCGCCCCAUUCUCCCGCUUUCCAUCACCGCGCCCCAUUCUCCCGCUUUCCAUCACCCCGCCCCCAUUCUCCCGCUUCCCAUCACCCCGCCCCGUUCUCCCACUUACCAUCACCCCGCCCCAUUCUCCAGCAUUCCAUCACCGCGCCCCAUUCUCCUGCUUUCCAUCACCCCGCCCCAUUCUCCCUCUUUCCAUCACCCCGCCCCAUUCUCCCUCUUUCCAUCACCCCGCCCCAUUCUCCCGCUUUCCAUCACCCCGCCCCAUUCUCCCGCUUUCCAUCACCCCGCCCCAUUCUCCCGCUGUCCAUCACCCCGCCCCAUUCUCCCGGUUUCCAUCACCCUGCCCCAUUCUCUCGCUUUCCAUCACUCUGCCCCAUUCUACCUCUUUCUAUCACCCCGCCCCAUUCUCCCUCUUUCCAUCACCCCGCCCCAUUCUCUCGCCUCUUUCCAUCACCCCGCCCCAUUCUCCCGCUUUCCAUCACUCCGCCUCAUUCUUCCGCUUUCCAUCACCCUGCCCCAUUCUCCUGCUUUCCAUCACCCCGCCCCAUUCUCCAACUUUCCAUCACCCCGCCCCAUUCUCCCGCUUUCCAUCAAUCCGACCCAUUCUCCCGCUUUCCAUCACCCCGCCCCAUUCUCCCUCUUUCGAUCACCCGCCCCAUUCUCCCGCUUUCCUUCACCCCGCCCCAUUCUUUCGCCUCUUUCCAUCACCCCGCCCCAUUCUCCCGCUUUCCAUCACCCCGCCCCAUUCUCCCGCUUUCCAUCACCCCGCCCCAUUCUCCAGCUUUCCAUCACCCCGCCCCAUUCUCCCUCUUUCCAUCACCCUUCCCCAUUCUCCCUCUAUCCAUCACCCCACCCAAUUCUCCCGCUUUCUAUCACCCCGUCCCGUUCUCCCGCUUUCCAUCACCCCGCCCCAUUCUUUUGUCUUUCCAUCACCCCGUCCCAUUCUCCCUCUUUCCAUCACCCCGCUCCAUUCUCCCGCUUUCCAUCACCCCGCCCUAUUCUCCCUCUUUCCAUCACCCCUCCCUAUUCUCCCUCUUCCAUCACCCCGCCCUAUUCUCCCGCUUUCCAUCACCCCGCCCCAUUCUCCCGCUUUCCAUCACCCCGCCCCGCUCUCCCGCUUUCCAUCACCCCGCCCCAUUCUCCCGAUUUCCAUCACCCGGCCCCAUUCUCCCUUUUCCCAUCACCCCGCCCCAUUCUCCCUCUUUCCAUCACCCCGCCCCGUUCUCCCGCUUUCCAUCACCCCGCUCUGUUCUCCCGCUUUCCAUCACCCCGACCCAUUCUCCCCCUUUCCAUCAACCCGCCACAUUCUCCCGCUUUCCAUCACCGUGCCCCAUUCUCCCUCUUUCCAUCACCCCGCCCCGUUCUCCCGCUUACCAUCACCCCGCCCCAUUCUCCCGCUUUCCAUCACCCCGCCCCAUUCUCCCUCUUUCCAUCACCCCGCCCCAUUCUCCCUGUUUCCAUCUCCCCACCCCAUUCUCCCGAUUUCCAUCACCCCUUCCCAUUCUCCCGCUUUCCAUCACCCCGCCCCAUUCUCCCGCUUUCCAUCACCCUGCCCCAUUCUCCCGCUUCCCAUCACCCCGGCCCAUUCUCCCGCUUUCCAUCACCCCGCCCCAUUCUCCCGCUUUCCAUCACCCCGCCCCAUUCUCCCUCCUUCCAUCACCCCGCCUCAUUCUCCCGCUUUUCAUCACCCCGCCCCAUUCUCCCGCUUUCCAUCACCCCGCCCCAUUCUCCCGAUUUCCAUCACCCGGCCCCAUUCUCCCGCUUUCCAUCACCCCGCCCCAUUCUCCCUCUUUCCAACACCCCGCCAUGUUCUCCCGCUCUCCAGCACCCCGCUCUGUUCUCCCGCUUUCCAUCACCCCGACCCAUUCUCCCCCUUUCCAUCAACCCGCCACAUUCUCCCGCUUUCCAUCACCGCGCCCCAUUCUCCCUCUUUCCAUCACCCCGCCCCGUUCUCCCGCUUACCAUCACCCCGCCCCAUUCUCCCGCUUUCCAUCACCCCGCCCCAUUCUCCCUCUUUCCAUCACCCCGCCCCUUUCUCCCUGUUUCCAUCACCCCGCCCCAUUCUCCCGAUUUCCAUCACCCCUUCCCAUUCUCCCGCUUUCCAUCACCCCGCCCCAUUCUCCCGCUUUCCAUCACUCCACCCCAUUCUCCCGCUUUCCAUCACCCCGCCCCAUUCUCCCGCUUUCCACCACCCUGCCCCAUUCUCCCGCUUCCCAUCACCCCGGCCCAUUCUCCCGCUUUCCAUCACCCCGCCCCAUUCUCCCGCUUUCCAUCACCCCGCCCCAUUCUCCCUCCUUCCAUCACCCCGCCUCAUUCUCCCGCUUUCCAUCACCCCGCCCCAUUCUCCCGCUUUCCAUAACCCCGCCGCAUUCUCCCGCUUUCCAUCACCCAGCCACAUUCUCCCACUUUCCAUCAGCCCGCCCCAUUCUCCCUCCUUCCAUCGCCCUGCCCCAUUCUCCCUCCUUCCAUCAUCCCGCCCCAUUCUCCCUCCUUCCAUAACCUCGCCCCAUUUUCCCGCUUUCUAUCAGCCCGCCCCAUUCCACCGCUUUCCAUCACCCCGCCCCAUUCUCGAGCUUUCCAUAACCCGCCCCAUAUUCCCGCUUUCCAUCACCCCGCCCCAUUCUCCAGCUUUCCAUCAGCCGCCCCAUUCUCCCGCUUUCCAUCACCCCGCCUCAUUCUCCCGAUUCCCAUCACCCCGCCCCAUUCUCCCGCUUUCCAUCACCCCGCCCCAUUCUACCACUUUCCAUCACCCCGCCCCUUUCUCCCGCUUUCCAUCACCCUGCCCCAUUCUCCCGCUUUCCAUCAACCUGCCCCAUUCUCCCGCUUUCCAUAACCCUGCCCGAUUCUCCCUCCUUCUAUCACCCCACCCCAUUCUCCCGCUUUCCAUCACCCCGCCUUAUUCUCCUGCUCUCCAUCACCCCGCACCAUUCGCCUGCUUUCCAUCACCCCUCCCCUCUCCCGCUUUCCAUCACCCAGCCCUAUUCUCCCGCUUUCCAUCACCCCGCCCCAUUCUCCCGCUUUCCAUCACCCCACCCCAUUCUCCCGCUUUCCAUCAUCCCGCCCCAUUCUCCCGCUUUCCUUCACCCCUCCCCAUUCUCCCGCUUUCCAUCACCCCGCCCCAUUCUCCCGCUUUCAAUCACCCCACCCCAUUCUCCCGCUUUCCAUCACUCCGCCCCAUUCUCCCUCCUUCCAUCACCCCGCCCCAUUCUCCCGCUUUCCAUCACCCCGCCCCAUUCUUCUCCUUCCAUCACCCCGCCUCAUUCUACCUCCUUCCAUCACCCCGCCCCAUUCUCCCGCUUUCCAUCACCCCGCCCCAUUCUCCCGCUUUCCAUCACCCCGCCCCAUUCUCCCGCUUUCCAUCACCACGCCCCAUUCUCCCGCUUUCCAUCACCCCGCCCCAUUCUCCCUCCUUCCAUCACCCUGCCCCAUUCUCCCGCUUUCCGUCACCCCGCCCCAUUCUCCCGCUUUCCAUCACCUCGCCCCAUUCUUCUGCUUUCCAUCAACCCGCCCCAUUCUCCCGCUUUCAAUCACCCCGCCCCAUUCACCCGCAUUCCAUAACCCGCCCCAUUCUCCCGCUUUCCAUCACCCCGCCCCGUUCUCCCGCUUUCCAUCACUCCGCCCCAUCCUCCCGCUUUUCAUCACCCCGCCCCAUUCUCCCGCUUUCCAACACCCCGCCCCGUUCUCCCGCUUUCCAUCACCCCGCCCCAUUCUCCCGCUUUCCAUCACCCCGCCCCAUUCUCCCGCUUUCCAUCACUCCGCCCCAUUCUCCCGCUUUCCAUCACCCCGCCCCAUUCUCCCGCUUUCCAUCAACCCGCCCCAUUCUCCCUCCUUCCAUCACCCCGCCUUAUUCUCCCUCCUUCCAUCACCCCGCCCCAUUCUCCCGCUUUCCAUCACCCCGCCCCAUUCUCCUGCUUUCCAUCACCCAGCCCCAUUCUCGCGCUUUCCAUCACCCCGCCCCAUUUUCCCGCUUUCCAUCACCCCGCCCCAUUCUCCCGCUUUCCAUCACCCUGCCCCAAUCUCCUGGUUUCCAUCAUCCCGCCCCAUUCUCCCUCCUUCCAUCACCCCGCCCCAUUCUCCCGCUUUCCAACACCCCGCCCCAUUCUCCUGCUUUCCAUAACCCCGCCCCAUUCUCCCUCCUUUCAUCACCCGCCCCAUUCUCCCUCCUUCCAUCACCCCGCCCCAUUCUCCCUCCUUCCAUCACCCCGCCCCAUUCUUCCACUUUCCAUCGGCCCGCCCCAUUCUCCCGCUUUCCAUCACCCCGCCUCAUUCUCCCGCUUUCCAUCACCCCGCCCCAUUCUCCCGCUUUCCAUCACCCUGCCCCAUUCUCCCGCUUUCCAUCAGCCCACCCCAUUCUCCCGCUUUCCAUCACCCCGCCCCAUUCUCCCGCUUUCCAUCACCCUGCCCCAUUCUCCCUCCUUCCAUCACCCCGCCUCAUUCUACCUCCUUCCAUCACCCCUGUUAUAGUCACAGUUGCACCAACAAUUCUCCCGCUUUCCAUCACCCCGCUCCAUUGUCCCGCUUUCCACCACCCCGCCCAAUUCUCCCUCUUUCCAUCACCCCUCCCCAUUCUCCCUCUUUCCAUCACCCCGCCCCAUUCUCCCGCUUUCCAUCACCCCGCCCCAUUCUCCCUCUUUCCAUCACCCCGCCCCAUUCUCCCGCUUUCUAUCACCCCGCCCCAUUUUCCCGCUUUCCAUCACCCCUUUCCAUUCUCCUGCUUUCCAUCACCCCGCCCCAUUCUCCCGCUUUCCAUCAUCCCGCCCCAUUCUCCCUCUUUCCAUCACCCCGCCCCAUUCUCCCGCUUUCCAUCACCCCGCCCCAUUCUUCCGCUUUCCAUCAUCCCGCCCCAUUCUCCCGCUUUCCAUCACCCCGCCCCAUUCUCCCGCUUUCCAUCACCCCGCCCCAUUCUCCCGCUUUCCAUCACCCCGCCCCAUUCUCCCGCUUUCCAUCACCCCGCCCCAUUCUCCCGCUUUUCAUCACCCCGCCCCAUUCUCCCGCUUUCCAUCACCCCGCCCUAUUCUCCCUAUUUCCAUCACCCCUCCCUAUUCUCCCUCUUUCCAUCACCCCGCCCUAUUCUCCCGCUUUCCAUCACCCCGCCCCAUUCUCCCGCUUUCCAUCACCCCGCCCCAUUCUCCCGCUUUCCAUCACCCCGCCCCAUUCUCCCGCUUUCCAUCACCCCGCCCCAUUCUCCCGCUUUGCAUCACCCCGCCCCAUUCUCCCGCUUUCCAUCACCCCGCCCCAUUCUCCCGCUUUCCAUCACCCCUCCCCAUUCUCCCUCUUUCCAUCACCCCGCCCCAUUCUCCUGCUUCCCAUCACCCCGCCCCAUUCUCCCGCUUUCCAUCACCCCGCCCCAUUCUCCCUCUUUCCAUCACCCCGCCCCAUUCUCCCGCUUUCCAUCUCCUCACCCCAUUCUCCUGCUUUCCAUCACCCCGUCCCAUUCUCCCGCCUCUUUCCAUCACCCCGCCCCAUUCUCCCGCUUUCCAUCACCGCGCCCCAUUCUCCUGCUUUCCAUCACCCCGCCCCCAUUCUCCCGCUUCCCAUCACCCCGCCCCGUUCUCCCACUUUCCAUCACCCCGCCCCAUUCUCCAGCAUUCCAUCACCGCGCCCCAUUCUCCUGCUUUCCAUCACCCCGCCCCAUUCUCCCUCUUUCCAUCACCCCGCCCCAUUCUCCCUCUUUCCAUCACCCCGCCCCAUUCUCCCGCUUUCCAUCACCCCGCCCCAUUCUCCCGCUUUCCAUCAUCCCGCCCCAUUCUCCCGCUUUCCAUCACCCCGCCCCAUUCUCCCGCUUUGCAUCACCCCGCCCCAUUCUCCCGCUUUCCAUCACCCCGCCCCAUUCUCCCGCUUUCCAUCACCCCUCCCCAUUCUCCCUCUUUCCAUCACCCCGCCCCAUUCUCCUGCUUUCCGUCACCCCGCCCCAUUCUCCCGCUUUCCAUCACCCCGCCCCAUUCUCCCUCUUUCCAUCACCCCGCCCCAUUCUCCCGCUUUCCAUCUCCCCACCCCAUUCUCCUGCUUUCCAUCACCCCGUCCCAUUCUCCCUCCUCUUUCCAUCACCCCGCCCCAUUCUCCCGCUUUCCAUCACCGCGCCCCAUUCUCUCGCUUUCCAUCACCCCGCCCCCAUUCUCCCGCUUUCCAUCACCCCGCCCCGUUCUCCCACUUUCCAUCACCCCGCCCCAUUCUCCCGCUUUCCAUCACCCCGCCCCAUUCUCCCGCUUUCCAUCACCCCGCCCCAUUCUCCAACUUUCCAUCACCCCACCCCAUUCUCCCGCUUUCCAUCAACCCGACCCAUUCUCCCGCUUUCCAUCACCCCGCCCCAUUCUCCCUCUUUCGAUCACCCGCCCCAUUCUCCCGCUUUCCUUCACCCCGCCCCAUUCUUUCGCCUCUUUCCAUCACCCCGCCCCAUUCUCCCGCUUUCCAUCACCCCGCCCCAUUCUCCCGCUUUCCAUCACCCCGCCCCAUUCUCCAGCUUUCCAUCACCCCGCCCCAUUCUCCCUCUUUCCAUCACCGUUCCCCAUUCUCCCUCUAUCCGUCACCCCACCCAAUUAUCCCGCUUUCCAUCACCCCGUCUCAUUCUCCCGCUUUCCAUCACCUCGCCCCAUUCUUUUGCGUUCCAUCACCCCACCCCAUCCUCCCCUCUUUCCAUCAUCCCGCCCCAUUCUCCCGAUUUCUAUCACCCCGCCCCAUUCUCCCUCUUUCCAUCACCCCGCCCCAUUCUCCCGCUUUCCAUCACCCCGCCCCAUUCUCCCGCUUUCCAUCAUCCCGCCCCAUUCUCCCGCUUUCCAUCACCCCGCCCCAUUCUCCCGCUUUGCAUCACCCCGCCCCAUUCUCCCGCUUUCCAUCACCCCGCCCCAUUCUCCCGCUUUCCAUCACCCCUCCCCAUUCUCCCUCUUUCCAUCACCCCGCCCCAUUCUCCUGCUUUCCGUCACCCCGCCCCAUUCUCCCGCUUUCCAUCACCCCGCCCCAUUCUCCCUCUUUCCAUCACCCCGCCCCAUUCUCCCGCUUUCCAUCUCCCCACCCCAUUCUCCUGCUUUCCAUCACCCCGUCCCAUUCUCCCUCCUCUUUCCAUCACCCCGCCCCAUUCUCCCGCUUUCCAUCACCGCGCCCCAUUCUCUCGCUUUCCAUCACCCCGCCCCCAUUCUCCCGCUUCCCAUCACCCCGCCCCGUUCUCCCACUUUCCAUCACCCCGCCCCAUUCUCCCGCUUUCCAUCACCCCGCCCCAUUCUCCCGCUUUCCAUCACCCCGCCCCAUUCUCCAACUUUCCAUCACCCCACCCCAUUCUCCCGCUUUCCAUCAACCCGACCCAUUCUCCCGCUUUCCAUCACCCCGCCCCAUUCUCCCUCUUUCGAUCACCCGCCCCAUUCUCCCGCUUUCCUUCACCCCGCCCCAUUCUUUCGCCUCUUUCCAUCACCCCGCCCCAUUCUCCCGCUUUCCAUCACCCCGCCCCAUUCUCCCGCUUUCCAUCACCCCGCCCCAUUCUCCAGCUUUCCAUCACCCCGCCCCAUUCUCCCUCUUUCCAUCACCGUUCCCCAUUCUCCCUCUAUCCGUCACCCCACCCAAUUAUCCCGCUUUCCAUCACCCCGUCUCAUUCUCCCGCUUUCCAUCACCUCGCCCCAUUCUUUUGCGUUCCAUCACCCCACCCCAUCCUCCCCUCUUUCCAUCAUCCCGCCCCAUUCUCCCGAUUUCUAUCACCCCGCCCCAUUCUCCCUCUUUCCAUCACCCCGCCCCAUUCUCCCGCUUUCCAUCACCCCGCCCCAUUCUCCCUCUUUCAAUCACCCCGCCCCAUUCUCUCGCUUUCCAUCACCCCGCCCCGUUCUCCCGCUUUCCAUCACCCCGCCCCAUUUUCCCGCUUUCCAUCACCCCGCCCCAUUCUCCUGCUUUCCAUCACCCCGCCCCAUUCUCCCUCAUUCCAUCACCCCGCCCCAUUCUCUCGCUUUCCAUCACCCCGCCCCAUUCUCCCGCUUUUCAUCACCCCGCCCCAUUCUCCCGCUUUCCAUCACCCCGCCCCAUUCUCCCUCUUUCAAUCACCCCGCCCCAUUCUCUCGCUUUCCAUCACCCCGCCCCGUUCUCCCGCUUUCCAUCACCCCGCCCCAUUCUCCCGCUUUUCAUCACCCCGCCCCACUCUCCCGCUUUCCAUCACCCCGCCCCAUUCUCCCGCUUUUCAUCACCCCGCCCCAUUCUCCCGCUUUCCAUCACCCCGCCCUAUUCUCCCUAUUUCCAUCACCCCUCCCUAUUCUCCCUCUUUCCAUCACCCCGCCCUAUUCUCCCGCUUUCCAUCACCCCGCCCCAUUCUCCCGCUCUCCAUCACCUCGCCCCAUUCUCCCGCUUUCCAUCACCCCGCCCCAUUCUCCCGCUUUCCAUCACCCCGCCCCAUUCUCCCGCUUUGCAUCACCCCGCCCCAUUCUCCCGCUUUCCAUCACCCCGCCCCAUUCUCCCGCUUUCCAUCACCCCUCCCCAUUCUCCCUCUUUCCAUCACCCCGCCCCAUUCUCCUGCUUCCCAUCACCCCGCCCCAUUCUCCCGCUUUCCAUCACCCCGCCCCAUUCUCCCUCUUUCCAUCACCCCGCCCCAUUCUCCCGCUUUCCAUCUCCUCACCCCAUUCUCCUGCUUUCCAUCACCCCGUCCCAUUCUCCCGCCUCUUUCCAUCACCCCGCCCCAUUCUCCCGCUUUCCAUCACCGCGCCCCAUUCUCCUGCUUUCCAUCACCCCGCCCCCAUUCUCCCGCUUCCCAUCACCCCGCCCCGUUCUCCCACUUUCCAUCACCCCGCCCCAUUCUCCAGCAUUCCAUCACCGCGCCCCAUUCUCCUGCUUUCCAUCACCCCGCCCCAUUCUCCCUCUUUCCAUCACCCCGCCCCAUUCUCCCUCUUUCCAUCACCCCGCCCCAUUCUCCCGCUUUCCAUCACCCCACCCCAUUCUCCCCCUUUCCAUCACCCCGCCCCAUUCUCCCGCUUUCCAUCACCCCGCCCCAUUCUCCCGGUUGCCAUCACCCCGCCCCAUUCUCCCGGUUUCCAUCACCCUGCCCCAUUCUCUCGCUUUCCAUCACUCUGCCCCAUUCUACCUCUUUCUAUCACCCCGCCCCAUUCUCCCUCUUUCCAUCACCCCGCCCCAUUCUCCCGAUUUCCAUCACCCCGCCCCAUUCUCUCGCCUCUUUCCAUCACCCCGCCCCAUUCUCCUGCUUUCCAUCACUCCGCCCCUUUCUCCCGCUUUCCUUCAUGCCGCCCCAUUCUCCCGCUUUCCAUCACCCCGCCCCAUUCUCCAACUUUCCAUCACCCCACCCCAUUCUCCCGCUUUCCAUCAACCCGACCCAUUCUCCCGCUUUCCAUCACCCCGCCCCAUUCUCCCUCUUUCGAUCACCCGCCCCAUUCUCCCGCUUUCCUUCACCCCGCCCCAUUCUUUCGCCUCUUUCCAUCACCCCGCCCCAUUCUCCCGCUUUCCAUCACCCCGCCCCAUUCUCCCGCUUUCCAUCACCCCGCCCCAUUCUCCAGCUUUCCAUCACCCCGCCCCAUUCUCCCUCUUUCCAUCACCCUUCCCCAUUCUCCCUCUAUCCAUCACCCCACCCAAUUCUCCCGCUUUCCAUCACCCCGUCCCAUUCUCCCGCUUUCCAUCACCCCGCCCCAUUCUUUUGUGUUCCAUCACCCCACCCCAUCCUCCCCUCUUUCCAUCACCCCGCCCCAUUCUCCCGAUUUCUAUCACCCCGCCCCAUUCUCCCUCUUUCCAUCAUCCCGCCCCAUUCUCCCGCUUUCCAUCACCCCGCCCCAUUCUCCCUCUUUCAAUCACCCCGCCCCAUUCUCUCGCUUUCCAUCACCCCGCCCCGAUCUCCCGCUUUCCAUCACCCCGCCCCAUUUUCCCGCUUUCCAUCACCCCGCCCCAUUCUCCUGCUUUCCAUCACCCUGCCCCAUUCUCCCUCAUUCCAUCACCCCGCCCCAUUCUCUCGCUUUCCAUCAUCCCGCCCCAUUCUCCCGCUUUUCAUCACCCCGCCCCAUUCUCCCGCUUUCCAUCACCCCGUCCCAUUCUCCCUCUUUCCAUCACCCCGCUCCAUUCUCCCGCUUUCCAUCACCCCGCCCUAUUCUCCCUCUUUCCAUCACCCCUCCCUAUUCUCCCUCUUUCCAUCACCCCGCCCUAUUCUCCCGCUUUCCAUCACCCCGCCCCAUUCUCCCGCUUUCCAUCACCCCGCCCCAUUCUCCCGCUUUCCAUCACCCCGCCCCAUUGUCCCGCUUUCCAUCACCCCGCCCCAUUCUACCGCUUUCCAUCACCCCGCCCCAUUCUCCCUCUUUCCAUCACCCCGCCCCGUUCUCCCGCUUUCCAUCACCCCGCUCCGUUCUCCCGCUUUCCAUCACCCCGACCCAUUCUCCCCCUUUCCAUCAACCCGCCACAUUCUCCCGCUUUCCAUCACCGCACCCCAUUCUCCCUCUUUCCAUCACCCCGCCCCAUUCUCCCGCUUACCAUCACCCCGCCCCAGUCUCCCGCUUUCCAUCACCCCGCCCCAUUCUCCCUCUUUCCAUCACCCCGCCCCAUUCUCCCUGUUUCCAUCACCCCGCCCCAUUCUCCCGAUUUCCAUCACCCCUCCCCAUUCUCCCGCUUUCCAUCACCCCGCCCCAUUCUCCCGCUUUCCAUCACUCCACCCCAUUCUCCCGCUUUCCAUCACCCCGCCCCAUUCUCCCGCUUUCCAUCACCCUGCCCCAUUCUCCCGCUUCCCAUCACCCUGGCCCAUUCUCCCGCUUUCCAUCACCCCGCCCCAUUCUCCCGCUUUCCAUCACCCCGCCCCAUUCUCCCUCCUUCCAUCACCCCGCCUCAUUCUCCCGCUUUCCAUCACCCCGCCCCAUUCUCCCGCUUUCCAUAACCCCGCCGCAUUCUCCCGCUUUCCAUCACCAAGCCACAUUCUCCCACUUUCCAUCAGCCCGCCCCAUUCUCCCUCCUUCCAUCGCCCUGCCCCGUUCUCCCUCCUUCCAUCAUCCCGCCCCAUUCUCCCUCCUUCCAUCACCUCGCCCCAUUUUCCCGCUUUCUAUCAGCCCGCCCCAUUCCACCGCUUUCCAUCACCCCGCCCUAUUAUCCAGCUUUCCAUAACCCGCCCCAUUCUCCCGCUUUCCAUCACCCCGCCCCAUUCUCCCGCUUUCCAUCACCCCACCCCAUUCUCCCGCUUUCCAUCACCCCACCCCAUAUUCCCGCUUUCCAUCACCCCGCCCCAUUCUCCAGCUUUCCAUCAGCCGCCCCAUUCUCCCGCUUUCCAUCACCCCGCCUCAUUCUCCCGAUUCCCAUCAACCCGCCCCAUUCUCCCGCUUUCUAUCACCCGUCCCCAUUCUCCCUCCUUCCAUCACCCCGCCCCAUUCUCCCGCUUUCCAUCACCCCGCCCCAUUCUACCACUUUCCAUCACCUCGCCCCUUUCUCCCGCUUUCCAUCACCCUGCCCCAUUCUCCCGCUUUCCAUCAACCUGCCCCAUUCUCCCGCUUUCCAUCACCAUGCCCGAUUCUCCCUCCUUCCAUCACCCCACCCCAUUCUCCCGCUUUCCAUCACCCCGCCUUAUUCUACUGCUCUCCAUCACCCCGCACCAUUCGCCCGCUUUCCAUCACCCCUCCCCAUUCUCCUGCUUUCCAUCACCCCGCCCCAUUGUCCCUCCUUCCAUGACCCCACCCCAUUCUCCCUCCAUCCAUCACCCCGCCUUAUUCUCCCAAUUUCCAUCACCCCACCCCAUUCUCCCGCUUUCCAUCACCCCGCCUUAUUCUCCCGCUUUCCAUCACCUCGCCCCAUUCUCCCGCUUUCCAUCACCCCGCCCCAUUCUCCGCUUUCCAUCACACGCCCAUUCUCCCGCUUUCCAUCACCCGCACCAUUCUCCCGCUUUUCAUUACCCCGCCCCAUUUUCCCGCUUCCCAUCAUCUCGCCCCAUUCUCCCGCUUUCCAUCACCCUGCCCCAUUCUCCCUCCUUCCAUCACCCCACCCCAUUCUCCCGCUUUCCAUCAUCUCGCCCCAUUCUCCCGCUUUCCAUCACCCCGCCCCGUUCUCCCGCUUUCCAUCACCCCGCCCCAUUCUCCUGCUUUCCAUCACCCACCCCAUUCUCCCGCUUUCCAUCACCCCACCCCAGUCUCCCGCUUUCCAUCACCCCGCCCUAUUCUCCCGCUUUCCAUCACCCCGCCCCAUUCUCCCGCUUUCCAUCACCCCACCCCAUUCUCCUGCUUUCCAUCACCCCGCCCCAUUCUCCUGCUUUCCUUCACCCCUCCCCAUUCUCCCGCUUUCCAUCACCCCGCCCCAUUCUCCCGCUUUCAAUCACCCCACCCCAUUCUCCCGCUUUCCAUCACUCCGCCCCAUUCUCCCUCCUUCCAUCACCCCGCCCCAUUCUCCCGCUUUCCAUCACCCCGACCCAUUCUCCCACUUUCCAUCACCCCGCCCAAUUCUCUCGCUUUCCAUCAUCCAGCCCCAUUCCCCCGCUUUCCAUCACCCCGCCCUAUUCUCCCUCUUUCCAUCACCCCGCCCCAUUCUCCCUCCUUCCAUCACCCCGCCCCAUUCUACCGCUUUCCAUCACCCCGCCACAUUCUUCCACUUUCCAUCACCCCGCCCCAUUCUCCCUCCUUCCAUCACCACGCCCCAUUCCCCCGCUUUCCAUCACCCCGCCCCAUUCUCCCGCAUUCCAUCACCCCGCCCCAUUCUCCCUCCUUCCAUCACCCUGCCCCAUUCUCCCGCUUUCCAUCACCCCACCCCAUUCUUCCGCAUUCUAUCACCCCGCCCCAUUCUCCCGGUCUCCAUCACCCCGCCCCCUUCUCCCUCCUUCCAUCACCCUGCCCCAUUCUCCCUCCUUCCAUCACCCCGCCCCUUUCUCCCGCUUUCCAUCAGCCCGCCCCAUUCUCCCGCUUUCCAUCACCCCGCCCCAUUUUCCCGCGUUCCAUCUCCCCGCCCCAUUCUCCCGCCCCAUUCUCCCGCUCUACAUCACCCCGCCCCGUUCUCCCGCUUUCCAUAACCCCGCCCCAUUCUCACGCUUUCCAUCACCCCGCCCCAUUCACCCGCUUUCCAUCACCCCGCCCCAUUCCACUCCUUUCCGUCACCCCGCCCCAUUCUCCCGCUUUCCAUCACCUCGCCCCAUUCUCACGCUCUCCAUCACCCCUCCCCAUUCACCCGUUUUCCAUCACCCCGCCCCAUUCUCACGCUUUCCAUCACCCCACCCCACUCCCGCUUUCCAUCACCCCGCCCCAUUCUCCUGCUUUCCAUCACCCCGCCCCAUUCUCCCGCUUUCCAUCACCUCGCCCCAUUCUCACGCUUUCCAUCACCCCGCCCCAUUCUCUCGCUUUCCAUCACCCCGCCCCAUUCUCCCUCCUUCCAUCACCCCGCCUCAUUCUCCCUCCUUCCAUCACCCCGCCCCAUUCUCCCGCUUUCCAUCACCCCGCCCCAUUCUCCUGCUUCCCAUCACCCCGCCCCAUUCACCCGCUUUCCAUCACCCGCCCCAUUCUCCCGCAUUCCAUCACCCCGCCCCAUUCUCCCGCUUUCCAUAA